AUGUCAUUCAUCGACGACAUUGACUGGGACUCUUUUUUGGUGGAGACGGACCUCGGCGAGAAGAUCUCUGCCAACGUCUCCCCCGCCUUCUCCGCUUCCGCUUUGUCUAACUCUACCGAGUCGGACCAGUCGGUCGCGCUCGAGCCCGAGCCUCAGAACUACAACUUUGGCUUUGGUUUCGGCGCCGCCUUCAACACCUCUUCUCCUACCGGCAUGUCUCACCGCCUCGAGAACAUGCUCUCUCCCGAGACCAUCCAGGCUCAGUUGACCAACUUUGGUUUGUUCUCUGGUUUCGACUCUUCUCCCGAAGUCUUCCCCCCUCAGCCCCUCCCCGCUGCCCCUGUCCAGGAGAACACCGACCUCUACGCUGCCAUCACUCACUUGGUCGGCAACGCUCCCAUGGCUGUCGAGCCCGUCAACCUUUCGCUCCCCGCUUCGCCCGUCGCACCCGUUGCCGCCCUCGGUGCCAAGCGAAAGGCCUUUGACGCCAGCGACGAAGGGGCUCCCGCUCCCAAGCGUCGAGGACGACCUCCCGGCACCGGCAAGCCUAAGGCCGCUGUCGCUCCUAAGCGUCGUGUCUCCAAGCCCUCUCCCGCCUCUUCUUCCGUCUCGCCCGCUUCCUCUCUCGAGGCUCUUCCUCUCGACGACUUUGACGACGACAUGUCUCCCGUCCGGCUCACUGCCACCGGCAAGCCAUCCACCGACCGUCCCAAGUCUGUCGUCCCCGCCAAGUUCCUCAAGGACGGUUCCGCCCAGGCUAUCCUGGGUAUGACCAUCCCCGAGAUCAUGUCGUUCCCCACCUACGAGGAGCUCCUCAAAAAGGUCCGACCUGAGCUCGUCGCCGGCGCCACCGAGUUUGGCGAAAAGAUUGCCGACAACCGGGACAAGGCCAAGGAUGCUGCGAAAAAGUCGCGAGAUGAGAGGAGGGCCAAGAUUGAGAGGGCCGAGUUCCUCGAGAGGAGGUGCGAGGAGCUUGAGGGCAAGGUCAGCAACAUGGGGUCUUUCCUCAUGUCGCUUGUCGACCUUAAGGUGCUCAGCAAGGAGCAGAUUAGGGCGUUCAUGUAA